GCAAAACAGCCGGGGCGGGUCGCACGGGUCGCACGCGCCACUCCUCGCGCUGUAGUCGGAUUCAUAGGUCGCUGUUGGACAGACGUUCGGUGAUCGGGCUUAUAGUGCAGAUUCAGGCGGACUGUUUUCCGAGGUCGCCGCACAGCCGCACGGGGCGGGGUCUGACCCAGCUGUGGGACCGAUCGGGAGCGCUUCACGGCACCACACGGCAGCGCGCGGCGACGGAGGAAGCUCAGGCAGCGCACCGGCUGGACUGCAGAAGACAUGGGACUGACGGUGUUCGCCUUCGAGGCCAGCCCGCCGUGCCGGGGUGUGUUCAUCACGCUCAAGGCUCUCGGACUCGAGUACGAGCUGAAGCAGAUUGACACCAAGGCGGGGGAUACGCGUACCCCCGAGUACCUGGAGAAGAACCCACAGCACACGGUACCGCUUCUGGAGGACGGCGACCUGUACCUGGCGGAAAGCCGAGCCAUCAGCACCUACCUGGUGAACAAGUACGCCCCGGACAGCGACCUCUACCCGAAGGACCCGGAGGCACGCGCCCUGGUCGACAGCCGACUCUUCUUCGAUGUCGGACUCAACACCGCCCUGCUGCACAUUUUGAAACCGCUCAAGUACGAUGGCGACAUCGCUCGUUCGGACGCCGCCAUUCCGGCGCUGCUCGAUCUUAUAAACAUCUUCGAGGCGAUGUUGGCUAAAUCCGAGUACGCCGCCGGCGACCACGUGACCCUGGCCGACCUGGCCAUUGUGGCCAACGUGUCCACGGCAGAGGCUAUGGGCCUCGACCUCUCCGGCGUGCCCAAGGUGCGCGCCUGGCUGGACAAGAUCAAACAGCUGCCCUGCUACGAGGCUAAUGUGCAGGGUGUCACCCAGCUGGGUGUUAUGUAUAAGGAAGGCUCGACGGCGCUCAGAGCUAAGGCGCAGUGAAGAAGAUGCUGAGUAGCAUACCAUCGUCUAUUUUCUGCCCGUCAUGACUGUUAUCGCAAUACAAUGUUCCAGCACUC